AUGGAUAUACACUCUUUAUUCGCUCAGAGAAAGUAUGUCUGUCUCGAUUACCAUGACGUGUCCGUGCUCAGCAAAGCCCAAAAGGAGACCAUAGUGGAGGCGAUGAGCAAUAUCCUCUACAUAUUCCUCAAAUCUAUCGGGUAUUCCCAUGAAGUCCCCGAGAAGGAUAGCUGCCUUCGUGAGGCCCUUUGGAGCUGGGCCCGAACAGAGCUGGCCCGAGCCACCUCUCGUGAUAUUGACUCACUCGGCAUCCUCCUUGAAGAGUCCAUUUCAAGUGCAGAAAGCUUCUACCCUCUCGCAUCCCAAGAGGUCCGGUUGAUGAUGGCUAAAGCCACGGCUUUAGCCAUUAGCUUGGAUAGCAAUUAUCUCUCGCCGGAGGCAAAAUACAAGCUUUCAAAUUCGCAAAAUCGCUUCUGGCAGGGCUUGGAGCCAGAGGAUGUAUGGUCACCCGUAUUUUUCAAUUUCCUUAGAGAGUGUGCAGGUCUCUUUGGUGCCAACGAUCCUUUGUUAGGUACGUUAGUAACCUCCGGGUGGUCACGUUGGCUUGACGGAUGCCUGUUAGAAGAACAGCUGUGGGAAAUGGCCCAAAAAAUAGGAGACGGAGAUGGACAAGCACUAGAUGCCAACUUCUGUCCAAUUGAAGACUUUCCCUACUACCUUCGGACCCUAACUGGGGCGCCAAUGUCAUAUUGUGUGCCAGCUUUCAAACCAUCGCGCGAAGUGGAAGUUCCGUAUUCCGUGUGGAUGUCUUAUGCACCGGCUUUGACAACGGUUAUUAAUCUCGGAAACGACUUAUUUUCCUAUCCAAAGGAGGUUUUGGAUGGCGAGAAAGUCAACUAUGUCUCUCUUGUAACUCACAUUAAACGGACAUCCGGAUGCAGGUCACGGUUUGCAGAAGGGAGCUUAUGGACAUUCCGAGAUACCAUCUGCGAUCUGUUUGAGAGGGUUUUGCGGAACUGUGAAGUACUUGGUCAAGCGUUCAAGACUCCUCGUCAGUGUAACGAAGCAGAGGAAAUUCCGAGGCAUUGCAGCAGCAGCUCUGAGUCAAACCUAGCAGGUUCUUUCUGCCAUGGAUUCAUACACGGGUAUCUCGGAUGGCACGUUAAUUCCCCUCGGUACCGCCUUGACUCCCUAAAAGCUCGCUUGGCCUCGGAUGCUUAG